AUGAACAUCACCCACUCGUUCGUUUCCGAACGAGAUCGGGCUCUUCUCAGUGGCGACCACUCCUCCUACCACGCACAAGCCACUCGCAGAAUCCACAGCCUCCGCAGGCGUUUGGGGGCUUCAAAUCGUGGGAGGAAAUAUAACCCCAAAGCCGCGGUCACUCCCGACAAUGUGGCUCAGAAUCAAGAAUGGGUUCAGCUUCUCCUUGCAAGUUCGGAGCGUGCUUGGGCCGAUGCGAUGGCCAUGAAGGCCGCUCAAUCACAAGAGAAUACCCAGAAGCCCAUGUCCGCCUCUACCAAACGUCAAAUCGUUUCCAGGCUCAGAAGAGCCACGCAGUAUGCCCAGAACCUCGUCCAAGUCCUUCAGAAUUCCACCAGCUCUACUCCCGGUCAAUCCCAGGACAUCCUGGAAGCCUCCGCAUACCUAUCUAUGUUGAAGGGAACCCUGGAUUUCGAAAAGGCCAGAUGGCAGCCUUGCAUCAACAAUUACUCUCUUCCUCACAUUACUUACACGGCUCUGUCCAAGACCGCCAGGUCUGAUGCUUACAAGGAUCUACUCUCAGGCAUCGUUGAUCCCAGCAUUCGCUACGCGGCCUAUCAACUUCAAGUCGCCCGUACAAAACCCGUGGAUGAAAUUGCCAUUGAGAACUUCCCAGUGACUUUCAGCUCUCUCCGAAAAGGCAUUCAAGAUCUUGACCCUUCGGCCUUUCAGUCUGCGACCGAUACCGCCCCAACCAAAGAUGGCCCACAGAACGUCCCCACUUCAAUAUCAUGGAGGAGUAGAUCAGUCAAAUUAGAACAUGCCAACAUUUCUCAGGCCUUGGGUGAAUCCAGAGAUCGCGAGGAUCGCCUGGUCGAAACUUACGCGGCUUUCCAAAAUGGCGAUUCUACCGUUCAAGAUCUGGCAACUUCUUAUGAAGACGUCAUAACUGCUCACCAGGACGCUGCUGAUGCUACCAAGACGGCCAUUGACGAACUUACCGCCGAAGGUGUCGAUCCUGGCGAUGGACGGGUGCAAUCUCUCCAGAUAACUCGUACUGCCGUCAAUUACGCCGUUAUUGAAUGGCGCAUUGGUCGCAACAGAGUUCUCACGGGGCCAGACGAUGGCUUAAUCUUUGAUUCAGAUCAGUCAAGGAGGCCAUCAAAGCCACGUAAAGAUGGCAAGGCUCAAGGUCCCAAAGAAGAUAGUACCGGCCGUCUGCUCUCGAGUCUCCGUGAGCGACUAGCUCUGUACGAUCUCAUCCUCCAGAGUCUCGACACAGUCAAAGAAUUGCCAGGAGUCAUUGCAGACGCAGCCUUUUUGGAUGAACUCGAUUCAAAACAGGCUUACUUUCGCUCUCUCAAGUGCUUGGCCAUUGGCCGCUCUCAUGCGGCCAAUGGUCAGAUCCCCAAUGCGCUCGCUCUAUUUGCUCGGGCUUUGGACCUUGCACAAACAGCUUCAGCCAAGUUAUCGUCGCAGGAUUCGUCAUCCAACAACGGAUUGUCUCCCCCAAAGCUCGAUAUAUCUGAAAAGCAGUUGAGAGCCAUUGUGGAGACUUUGAGUCAGCAGGUUACACAAUAUCGUGCACUGGCCGAUUUGAAGGCAUUAAGCUCCUCUGCCAAGAGCAAUACCCAGGUCAAUCCUCAUGGCAGCAAACCUGCUCCGCUCAUCGAACGCCUCAAUCGCAAUGAGUAUAUUGAAAACGUCGAUUUGACUAAUCUAGUCAACUAUCCAGCCAAGAUACGACCUGUUCCCGUAAAGCCACUCUUCUUCGACCUCGCUUGGAACUACAUUGUGUACCCGGGGCAGAAGCGCGAAGAGACAACAAGUACUGGCCGAGACUCGAAGCCACCACAGGCACAAGAAGUCGCGGUAGAGGGAGAAAAGGACCAACAAAAGCCAGCGAAGAAAGGUUGGUUCGGCUUUGGCAGGUGA